UUUCUAUGUCCAUGGAUAGACGGCACCCUAUACUGUCGUUGCGCAGGUUUUAUACCAUGUAAAAUAUCAGCGCAACGACAUCCCUAGCUAUUAAAGUUGUCGUUAAAGAGUUACAGAAUAGGCCUACAGGUUUCGUAACAAUCGUAACCUCAAAAGUGGUCUACUUCUACUAUUAAGUAUUAAUAUCUCAGUUCGCAGGGCAUAGCAACACUUUUCUGCCAGAUUCUUUCGAUUUAUACAAAAACGCAUCAAAUAAGUCUAAAUUUAUUGAUUUUUGCGAUUGGGGAGCUCAACUGAAUAAUUACCUUAAAAUUUGAGUUAUUAUGGCUACCCCAAUGAUAAUGGUAUCCAAUAUUCUUGGAAUUGACAGGAUAAACAUGGAUGGUAAAACAAUCUUGAUCAAAGAGCAACAUAAUACCAACGCAAAUUUCUUAGUGAAUGCCAUUUUAUCACAUGCAUUAAAAAGGAUGGACGUCGCUGUUUGCCUCAUUCUUUGUCAUAAUACCUUUGGUCAUUAUCACAACAUUGGCAUGAAACUUGGCUACAAUCUUCUUAAUUUAAAAAAAAAGGGCCGAGUCACUGUUGUCGAACCAAUGAAAAUUAUAGCCAGCAGUAUCAUUGAUACAUGUAAAAGUUUUACAAAUAAGAAAGAAACGAUUAUUCCAGAUAUUACUUCUACAGAACAUGUAGAUAUUGCAUAUCGAAUUUUUGCACAUGUUAAAGAGAAGUAUGAUGAAGCAGCAAGAUUUACUGAAUCCGUUGUCCUUAUAAUUGAUGAUAUAAAUCAUUUUCUUGAUCUUGGGCUUAGUGUACGUGAUACUAUAUAUUUUAUAAGAUAUUUAAGAUCAUUUAUAUCAUUGUAUCCCUUGUCACAGCUUUGUAUUCUUGCACAUACAUAUCAAGAGCAUCUACAGACUUUGAAUACAGAUGUGAUUGCUAAUGUCUUAAAACAUAUGGCACAUGUAUGUGUUAUAGCACAACCAUUUAAGACAGGACAUUUCAGUGAUACAUCUGGUAAACUAAUUGUUUACUGGAAGACAGAUUCUGUUAGAUCUAAAUAUCACUUAGUAGAGAAAACAACACAUUUGUUUAAAUUGUUAGAUUGGCAAGUAAAGAUUUGUGCACCUGGUACAAUGUCUAUCCUGUCAUAA